CAAGCAGUCUGAGCACCAGCGCUGGGACAAGCUGAGGCUUCUGUAGCUGGCUGGAGGCUGCGGCUGCGGACGGGGGGUCAGCGCAGGAGACUGAGGCCGGGAAGCGCUGCCAUGGCGGGUGUGCUGAGCAGGGACGCGCCGGACAUCGAGAGUAUCCUGGCUUUAAAUCCUCGAAUACAAGCUCAUGCAACUCUGCGCUCCACCAUGGCUAAGAAACUAGACAAGAAACACUGGAAAAGAAACCCUGAUAAGAACUGCUUUACAGUGUUUCUCUGUGUAAAAGCCCUGGAUGUCCUGAGCUUCCUGUGUAGACCAUGCUUGCUUGGAACUCACAGAGAUCCACCUGCUUCUGCCUCCCGAGGGAUAAUGGCGACUGAUAAGAAGAAAAGAAGAGCGUGGGGUGGAAAAUGUCAGGUCUAUGAGGACCCGUUUUGUUCACAGCUGAAUCCUCUGCACCAGAUUCCUGUUAGAUGCUUGAAAUGUGCAGAUGCCCCCUGCCAGAAGAGUUGUCCCACAAAUCUUGACAUUAAGUCAUUCAUCACAAGUAUCGCCAACAAGAACUACUAUGGUGCUGCUAAGCUGAUUUUUUCGGAUAAUCCUCUUGGUCUAACUUGUGGAAUGGUUUGUCCAACAUCAGACCUCUGUGUGGGUGGAUGCAACUUACACGCCACUGAAGAGGGACCAAUUAAUAUUGGUGGGCUGCAGCAGUUUGCUACUGAGUUUUCAUUAAUCAACUGAUAUAAAAUACCAUUACUCAAAAUACUGUUCUUACAGAUAAUUUGUGGUAAAAGCCUUUCUACAGAUGGAAUGACUCUUAGUACUUUGAAAGAAAAUGGCUACAAAGCUGCUUUCAUUGGAAUAGGCUUGCCAGAACCCAAAAAAGACCAUAUUUUCCAAGGCUUGACACAAGACCAAGGAUUUUACACAUCCAAAGACUUUCUGCCACUUGUUGCCAAAGGCAGUAAAACAGGAAUGUGCGCCUGUCACUCUCCGUUGCCGUCCAUCCGGGGAGCCGUGAUUGUACUCGGAGCUGGGGAUACUGCCUUUGACUGCGCGACAUCCGCUCUGCGCUGCGGAGCCCGUCGCGUGUUCAUCGUCUUCAGAAAGGGCUUUGUUAAUAUUCGAGCUGUUCCGGAGGAGAUGGAGCUCGCUAAGGAAGAAAAAUGUGAGUUUUUGCCUUUCCUGUCCCCACGAAAGGUGAUAGUCAAAGAUGGAAAAAUUGUGGCAAUGCAAUUUGUUCGGACUGAGCAAGAUGAAACUGGGAACUGGAUUGAAGAUGAAGAGCAGAUAGUGCGUCUGAAGGCCGAUGUGGUCAUUAGCUCCUUUGGUUCUGUCCUGAGUGAUCUCAAAGUGAAAGAAGCCCUGAGUCCCAUCAAGUUUAACAGAUGGGGUCUCCCAGAAGUGAAUCCAGAAACCAUGCAAACCAGUGAGCCAUGGGUGUUUGCAGGUGGUGAUGUUGUGGGUGUGGCUAACACCACAGUGGAAUCUGUGAAUGAUGGGAAACAGGCUUCUUGGUACAUUCACAAGUACAUACAGGCACAAUAUGGAACCUCGGUGUCUUCCCAGCCCGAACUGCCCCUGUUUUACACUCCUGUUGACCUAGUGGACAUCAGUGUGGAAAUGGCAGGGUUAAAGUUUCCCAAUCCCUUCGGCCUUGCUAGUGCGACACCAGCCACUAGCACACCAAUGAUUCGAAGGGCCUUUGAAGCCGGAUGGGGUUUUGCUCUGACCAAAACUUUCUCUCUUGAUAAGGACAUCGUGACAAAUGUUUCACCGAGAAUCAUCCGGGGGACCACCUCUGGCCCCCUGUAUGGCCCAGGACAAAGCUCCUUCCUCAACAUUGAGCUCAUCAGUGAGAAAACAGCUGCUUAUUGGUGUCACAGUGUCGCAGAACUAAAGGCUGACUUCCCGGACAAUAUCCUGAUCGCCAGCAUUAUGUGCAGCUACAACAAAAACGACUGGAUGGAACUCUCCAAAAUGGCUGAGGCUUCUGGAGCAGAUGCCCUGGAGUUAAAUUUGUCAUGUCCACACGGCAUGGGGGAGAGAGGAAUGGGUCUGGCCUGUGGACAGGAUCCAGAGCUGGUGAGAAACAUCUGUCGCUGGGUUAGGCAAGCUGUUCGGGUUCCGUUUUUUGCCAAGUUGACCCCAAAUGUCACGGAUAUUGUAAGCAUCGCAAGAGCAGCGAAGGAAGGUGGUGCAGAUGGCGUUACAGCCACCAACACUGUCUCAGGCCUCAUGGGACUGAAGGCUGAUGGAACACCCUGGCCUGCCGUGGGCAUUGGAAAGAGGACCACGUAUGGAGGGGUAUCAGGAACUGCCAUUAGACCUAUUGCUUUGAGAGCUGUGACUGCCAUUGCCCGUGCUUUGCCUGGGUUUCCUAUUUUGGCCACAGGUGGGAUUGACUCAGCUGAAAGUGGACUUCAGUUUCUUCAUAGUGGUGCUUCAGUACUUCAGGUGUGCAGCGCUAUUCAGAAUCAGGACUUUACUGUCAUUGAAGAUUACUGCACUGGCCUCAAAGCCCUUCUUUAUCUGAAGAGCAUUGAAGAGUUAGCAGACUGGGAUGGACAGAGUCCAGCCAUUAUGAGCCAUCAGAAAGGAAAACCAGUUCCACGAAUUGCUGAGCUCACAGGACAGAAACUGCCAAGCUUUGGACCUUACCUUGAACAACGUAAGAAAAUCAUAGCAGCGAGUAAAAUGAGACAGAAAGAUCAACAUGGAGCUUGUUCACCACUCCAGAGAAAGCAGUUUAUUCCCCAAAAGCCUAUUCCUGCCAUCAAGGAUGUAAUUGGAAAAUCACUGCAAUACCUGGGAACAUUCGGUGAGAUGAGCAUCAUGGAGCAAGUUGUGGCCCUGAUCGAUGAGGAAAUGUGCAUCAACUGCGGCAAAUGCUACAUGACCUGCAAUGACUCUGGCUACCAGGCUAUCCGGUUUGAUCCAGAAACUCACCUGCCUACGGUUAGCGACACAUGCACAGGCUGUACCCUGUGCCUCAGCGUCUGUCCUAUUAUGGACUGUAUCAGGAUGGUUUCCCGGGCAACACCUUACAAACCAAAGAGAGGCCUACCAUUAGCCGUGAAGCCGGUGUGCUAAGGUGAUUUGUAAGACAGCUGCCGUGAACUUGAAUGUUCCCGACGUAGGCUCAUCUUUAAAAACAAUAGUGAUGGUAGUCAUUGUGGUCAGUUCUUUCCAAAUUUCAUAGCUAUACAUGUAUAAUUUCUAAAUAAAUACCUAAAUUGGGAAACAACACGACGUCUAAUGCUGGUGACCAAUUAAUGGUCAUAAACGGAAUAAUUCUUUUCUGAGGUAGCUGGUGAGUAACCGCGUACCAGUUAAUUGGAUGUGCUCCAUCGGUUGUCUACUGUGAAAAAUUAACUUUUUCAUGGCAAUUAGUGUGACAAUUUCUAAAUUGCCCUAUGCCAUGCUCAUUCUUUGAUUUCUAAUUGUAAGUGAAAUGAACUAUUUUGGAAUGAAGUACACUUUCAUAUACAGGAAACCGUUUCCAAGGAAACACUUUGUAAUUAAAAAUUACCUGUAAUUUUAACACUGUUUCCAAGGACCUGUAAUUAGCUCCAUUAAGAACAUCUGAAGGCAGUCAAGUCAUUGUUUACUAUGACAAGGGGAACAAAACCUGGAAGAGGGUAUUCUAGAAUUUCUUAAACCCCCCCUUUCCUGAAGUAACUCACUCUUUGGUGCUGGACACUGAAAGGGAGAGUAUUUCCUGACUAAACUGCUAUUCCUCACGCGUGCCAGAAACAGGUAUCCAGACUGCCCAAGAAUGGCUCAAAUGUCAUUUUUGCUUAAAUACUGAAGCCAUGUUCCUAAUGAAAUACGGAAUUGGACUGAAUACCUGGUUAAUGCCAUAGUUUCACGGGGCACAAACUGUUCUGCCUGCUUUUCAUAGUCACUUUCAUUAUGAGAGCAAUUAACGUUCAAACAAGGCCCAGAUCACAUAGCACUGAGCCACAGGCUUCACGGUUCAUCGAUGAAAAACAGCAGAUCUGAAACUUACAUGUAAUGAGAAGAACAGGUCUAACUACUCUUUGCUUUGAUGCUUACAUGAUUUCAAAAUCAGUGAAAGAGAAACAGAUAUUUUUAAGAUUGAUAAAUAUUUUUCCACAUCUCUAUUUUCAUAAUCAGUAAAUAGCAUCACAUAGAUUCAUUUAUUUCUUCUUUAUGUCACAUUUUAACAUGAGUCUAUGGGAAGUAAAUCAGAAAAUGACAAUCUGUGGCAUAUUUCAAAGAUAAAUAUAAGAUAAAUGAUAAAUGUAGAAGUGCAUUUAAAAUAUCUCUGUGAAUGAUCACAAAUAAAAUUUUAUGAUCUAUUUUCA